UCCGUGAAACCGGCGAAAAUGUGAAGAUUUUUUUUAGGGAAAAAUGGGACAAAACUUUAAAUGCCUUUUCCUUUUAUGCUUUCUAAUCUUACUUUACGUUUGUGGGUUGCUUAUAUUUGCCAAAGGAUUUCUUUUGAAGAGAGUGGUUGUAGAAAGAAACAGUACCUGUAAAGUUGACUUUGCCAUGCAAAGUGACAUGCACGGAGAAAAGGGUUGUUGGAUGCAUGUCCGUUAUAAGAAGGCUAUUAUAAUCGUAAUAGACGCACUAAGAUAUGAUUUCGCUUCAUUUGACCCCACAGCAAAUGAUUCAAUUCCAUAUAAAAACAGAUUAACUUUUAUUAAAAAUUCUCUGAUGAAACCAAACAAUGCAAAACUUUACAAAUUUAUUGCCGACCCACCUACGACGACACUACAGAGAUUGAAAGGCCUGACUACGGGAAGUCUUCCCACAUUUGUUGAUGCUGGAGCUAAUUUUGCUAGCUCUGAAAUAACAGAGGAUAAUUUUAUAGAUCAGUUAAUUGUCCACAACAAAAGAAUAAAAUUUCUUGGUGAUGACACUUGGAUUGGACUGUUCCCUAACAGAUUUAAUAAACAGUUUCCAUUUCCAUCAUUUAAUGUGAAAGAUUUACAUACAGUUGAUGAUGGUGUCUUGAAACACCUGUACAAAGAACAGAGCAAGAGUGACUGGGAAGUGUUGAUUGCUCAUUUCCUUGGUGUUGAUCACUGUGGUCAUCGGUAUGGUCCAAACCAUCCAGCUAUGAGAGACAAAUUGUCUCAAAUGAAUGAUAUGAUUAGGAAUGUGACAAGGUUGAUGAAAGAUGACACAAUAUUAUUUGUGAUGGGUGAUCAUGGAAUGACUAAAACAGGAGACCAUGGAGGAGACAGUAAAGAUGAAUUGGAAGCAGCAUUAUUUGUGUACAGUCCAGCACAGAUAACCAGCCAACAUAAUCUAUGGAAAGAAAGGGACACAAUAUCCCAGAUAGAUUUUGUACCAACCAUCUCUCUGCUGUUAGGUAUACCAAUACCUUUCUCUAACUUAGGCCAGGUGAUAGAGGAACUAUUUACACAUUGUCCAUGGUGGCAAACUAGCAGUGAUAUCAAAAAGGUAUACCACAGCACCAAAGCCUUGAGAUUGAAUGCCAAACAAAUCAGUUACUAUCUUACAUCUUACUACGAAUACUCAUCAGACUUUCCAAUACAAAAGUAUUAUGAACUACAAAAUCUUUUAGAUCAUGCUGAGAAAGACUUACAAGCUUUAGUUACCGCUAUGGUAAAAGAUGGAGCCACAAGGGACAUAACUGAAGAUUUGAAAAUUUUGAGAGGCCAUUAUAUUGAAUACAUAUCACAAGUUGGGAAAAUCUGUAAAGGAAUUUGGGCCAAAUUUGAUAUGAUGUCAAUAUCAAUAGGAAUAUUGACACUUCUUUUGGCCAUUUCAACCAAUAUAUAUUACAUAAGAAUAUCGGAUAGUAGUGAGGUGCCAAAUACUGUUGUCAUUUUAAUUCUAUAUUGUGUGGUUUAUUUGACUUAUGCAAUGUUUCAGACAUUUUUUGUGGGAGAAACAUUGUCAGCGUUCAUGGUUUAUAUUCUUGCAGUAGUUGGUAUAGUAAUGAUAUGGAUUUUAACCUAUAACUUUUCUGCACCGGAAGCAGUACCAGAAACAUGCCUUUCAUUAAACAUCAAUAACAUCUUUUCAUGGAUGAUAAUGUUAUUAUAUUUUGUAUUAUUCUUUUCGAACAGUUUUGUAGUGCACGAAGACUCUGUAACAUUGUUCUUUACUCAGACAUUAACGUGGAUAUUUUGUUUUAAAAGUAUUCAGUCAUUUCUAGUCAAAUAUGAUACUUCACAACUGGACCAAAAAAACAAAAGACACAAAACACAACACAAAACUUAUGAUAUUAUGAGAACUUUGACUCAGCCAUCAAUAUUAGCAAUAUUUGCAACACUACUUUUAAAUGUGCUAGUCAGAUUUUCAUCAAACUUUAGAGCAUGUCGUGAAGAACAAUGGACAUGUUCUUUAUCACUGUUUCUGUAUCCAUUAGCUAGUUUACCCGAGGAGUUAACAAGCUACAGAAAUGUUAGAUACUUUUUUAGUGUAGGUUGUGUCAUUUUCUUUCUUCUUGCAAUCCGUAAAUAUGUAAAACAUUCUGGAAAUUUUCAAGGAAAUUCUGCAGGAAUUAUAUGUAUAAAAUACAUAUAUCCUGUAUGUGGUGUUGCGAUAGUUUUGCACUGGGCUUUACAAGGACUACCUCAGCCAAUACUAGAUGCUUUACCAGUGUGGCAGCAGAUAUUUUUGCCAAGACUUGUGUAUAUACUUCUAUUCUUAUCAUUCAUAGCUACCACCAUUAAACCAUUAACAAUUCAUUUACUACCAAAGCAGGAGAAAUUUUCAGUACAGGCUGAUGGUACAGUCAUACCACUAGUUUACAACAAAUUGAAGCAAAAUUUUAAAGAGGAGAAAGAGGCUGAGCAUCCACCAAUUGUGUUUGGUCUCGGAACAACAUUCUCGUCAGCGUUGAUCAACUUUGUUGUUAUCUUCUACUUAUUACUUGUUCUGCUGCUGGGAGAUGGCCCUUCACCUAGCUUAUUAUUUGCUUUCUUAUCAGUUUGGUUAUUUUUAGAAGUAUAUACAGCUUCAGGAACGUUUACAAAGAUGAUUUUCUCAGGAGAUGAAAGUUCAGGAUUUGGGCUGACUAAAGCAUGUAAAGUUAAUAACAUCUGGCCACCAGUAGUGUUUAUGUCAACAUUGUUUGCCACAUUAUUUUAUUCUACUGGACAUCAAGCUACAGUGCCAUCAAUUAAGUGGGAAUCUGCAUUUACUGGUUUCCAUGGUGAUUUUGACAACAAUAUCAUUCCUGCUAUUCUGAUCACUUUAAACACUUUUGCGGCAGAAGUAUUCUACAGUGUUCUGUGUCCACUGCUUGUCAUUUGGCCACUGACCGAUGGAUUGUUUCUUAAAUCCAUGGCAACAAAGAAGGAAGAACCAGGACAUUGGAAGGGGGACUUCCUUUUAUUGGAGGAUGAAGAUGUCUUUAAACAGAUGCUGUUUAGACUCUUUUCUUCUAUGUUUCUUUUUCAGGGAAUCAAGGUUUUUGGUUCAAUGUGUGCAGCCGCUUUACAUAGAAGACAUCUGAUGGUAUGGAAGAUAUUUGCUCCAAGAUUCGUCUUUGCUGCCGUAUCAAGCUUUGCUGUAUUUACUUCUACAUUAUUGACAUAUUUGAUUAUUAUCAAUAUUCACCAUGCAUUGACAAGAUGGGUUAAGCAAUUAGAACAUAAAAAGAAAAAAUAAGGAAAAAGACAUCCUUAUUGCCAUAACAGCAGAGUGUUUCUAGGUAACAGCAUAUCUUGUUUCCAUGGUGAUUGUUUUGCCCUUCACCUUCAGUCAUUGGUCAUUGAUUUGUACAUGUAGAUUAUAUGCUGCCAUUUUAUUUCAUUAUUUUCAAUCAUUAUAUUUAACACAAAAGAGACAUGUCUCUGAGUCCACAAUUUUUUUGUCUUGUAAAACAAAAAUGAUGCAGCCUAUUUUGAGACAGAAAAAAAUAUUGUUUUUUUCAUUUUCACUUAUAUUUAUUGAACUAUCUUUUUUUAAUUGACAUGAAUUAUUUCCCUUUCAGCAGUAAGGUUUACAACUGCAUACUAAUUUUAUAAAAUGAUGAAUUUCCUAAUGAUUUUGGCAUGGUCAUUUGUAUGUUUGUUUGAAAAUAAAGAGAAUUACUUAUUUAUAAGUUUUAUAUUAUUUCCACAAGAAUGGUUAAAUACCAUUAUGCAAUGGAUCAAUUUUAAGGUACACAUAAUUACAAUAUUAAGUUCAUUUCAGAAAUGAUUUAGAAAUUGAUGUUUUGUAAGGCAGCAACCAUUUGAUUUUUUUUGGGGGGGGAUGGGGCUAUCGUUUUUUUUUUCUGUGCAAACUUUUUUUUUCGCCUCCGGCAAAAGAACAAAUUAUUUUUUUAGCGACAAACCGAAAACAAUUUUUUUCUUUCAAUUUUAGCAUUACAUAUAGUGGCAGCUGAGGGUGAAACAAACCAUUUUUUUUUCUCAGGGUCCAAAACAAAUUAUUUUUUCACCAAAACCUGGAAACAAACUUUUUUUUCCAAAAAAAAACCAUAGCCCCC